AUGGGAGUUCACGGUUAUUAAAUAUUUUGUUUGUUAUCCUCUUACUUUUUGUAUUAAACUAUCUACCUAUGGCUGGUGAGUAAACUUGCAUGAUCUAACAAAAAUAAUAUCCCUUUCGUUGCCAGAUUUGCAGCGCUUUCGCAAUGAAUGCGUAGCUGCCCAUAAUUUUUACCGCGCGGCUCACGGAACACCGCCUUUAUGCUGGUCUACAAGACUCGCUGAGAGCGCGCAAGCAUGGGCCGAGCAGCUCGCCAGUACCACCGGAUCGUUGCGAUACAGUUCCGCCAAGGAUGUUGGAGAGAAUCUCACUCUACUAUGGGGCUCGGAGCUUAACGGCCAGAAAAUAACACGGAUUUGGUAUGAAGAAGGAAAGCACUUUGAUUAUAAAAAACCGCGCGUGAAUUCACGAACGCGCUCAUUUUGUCAGGUGGUAUGGGAGGGAACGCGCGAGUUAGGCGCGGGUGCGGCUAUCACCAAACAUGGAAAACAGAUCGUCGUAGCAAGGUACUUUCCACCAAUGAACAAGAAAAAUGUCGCGAGGAACGUAAAAAAAGCGAAGAGCACACGAGAGAACGAGCAGCCGCUGACGUUUGACACGCGCUGGAGCAGCCUUUAUGUCGGUAAGAACAUUACUAUUCUCUACAAUAUCGACCGCCGCGUUUUCACUUAAUUUGCAUUUUUUGUUCACGGGUUUGUCUGUAUGAAAUAAAUAUAAAUAUUUGAAAGACACGUUUUUGUUUGCUUAGGAGUUGAAAAAUCAAGAGUACUUCAUCUACAAUUGUCUUUAAAUUCAUUAUUUUUAUUAAGAUCUUUAAGUCCAUUCGAUGUAGAAAUUUGAUGUGUAAUACGUGUGCAUUUUAUUGAUAUGCUCGACGGUGAAUUAUUGUCAACAGAAUUCAUAAGAAAUGCAGUUUUUCUCUAUGAACUGAAAGGUCACGCGUAAAUAUUAAAUCGCUUUUCACAUGCAACGUCUAAGCGAAAUUCUAGGCCGUGAACUUAAUCAAAACUGCUAAAUCAAUGGGAGGAUCAUAUUUUUAUUUAAAUCAACGCAAAACUAAUGUAGGCUACCAAACAUUGUGUUAAUUUUGACAGUUAUAAACGCGAUUUGGUCGAUUCCCUUUAAAAUUGGUUUAUUAUGACGAACAAUUUAUCAACUUUCUUGGCCACAGUAUGCAUCAGUAAAUAUUCCGCAUGCGAUAAAUAGAAGACUAGAAGACCUUUUUUAAAAAAGCGGCCUUUCUCGAGCGAAAGACGUUUCAUUUUCAUUACCUUUAUUUUCGGGAGAUGUUAGACAAGUUACUUUGAUUUUCAAACUCUGAAUAAAUCCAUUAUAAUAUUCAUGCAAUGUUUGACUCGGAUUUUUUUAAAAAAUUUUUCCGUGUUGUUCCUUCAAGUCGUUCGUUUUUUACAGGUUAAUGGGUACUAGGGAGUCAAGGAAGCUUUCUUUUUUAUUUCCCUUUGUUUUCAAUGAUUGUUGUUUUUAACAGUUUCACGAAAUAGUGGAAUUUACAUUUUUUUUAGCUUGUGUUUCAAGAAUCCGAAGAAUCAGAUGAGUUCAUUUUUUGUUAUCGACAAAGAAAGACUUGUAGUCAAGUAUUGUGUUCACGGCUCGGGUUCUCUAUUAUGGUUCACUGAUUGUGGACCACGGUAAACCUGUUAUCUGGUUUUGGUCAAACACCUGUUGAGCAUCUUGACAAAGAUAUUUUUCUUCUUUGUUUCUGUCUUUUUUAUCUUCUUCUUUUUAUUUCCGGUUCGAAUAGAACUAUUAAGUAAAGGUGGAUCGAAACGAUAGGACACAACAGAAUUGUUGUUCUUUGCGGAUUAUCUUACAAUAAAAUCUGAGAUAAUUGUUAUUUCGGUACANAGUUCAUUUUUUGUUAUCGACAAAGAAAGACUUGUAGUCAAGUAUUGUGUUCACGGCUCGGGUUCUCUAUUAUGGUUCACUGAUUGUGGACCACGGUAAACCUGUUAUCUGGUUUUGGUCAAACACCUGUUGAGCAUCUUGACAAAGAUAUUUUUCUUCUUUGUUUCUUUCUUUUUUCUCUUCUUCUUUUUAUUUCCGGUUCGAAUAGAACUAUUAAGUAAAGGUGGAUCGAAAGGAUAGGACACAACAGAAUUGUUGUUCUUUGCGGAUUAUCUUACAAUAAAAUCUGAGAUAAUUGUUAUUUCGGUACAAUUUUACCCAUGUAAAUUAAACCCAAGCCAAGUUAUUUAAUGCAUUUUGCAUGCAAAUGCAUAUUAAACGCCGACGCCACUAUUUGUUAACUGAUAUUGUUUUUUGUCGUUGUUGUCGUCGUCGUUUUUUUCAUUCACCAGUAAAACUUUUUUGGCUUCAUUAAAAGAAAUCGCUGUUAACUUAGUGUGUUAACUUAAGUCUGAUUGAUUUCGUGAAAGUAGACCGGCUUUGUCUAAUUGAAUGCCUGAAUUUAUGAUGCUUUGACUUUAACUUUAACUUUAAUCAAGUUCCAAAUUACAAUAUCAGUAAAAUACUAAAUACUAAUAAUCUAGGGUAAGCUUAAAACAGAAUAUAAGAUUCCUUAGAAAAUAAGCCAUCCGAUGUCUUUUGACAAAAAAACCCUCUGAAUUUAAGCAAGACGUUUUGGUUCCACUACUUCAGAUCAAAACGUAACGGUUUUCCUCUAAGUUACGAGAAAUUAAGUUGAGUCAAAUCUGAACGAUUCACUCGAGUGUACCCUCCCGGGACGCAACGCCAACAAAGGGUUUAGCCAUUAUUAAUUCAUUAGAUUUUAACAAUUCCUGUUUGUAGGUCAGUCUUAAUUUUUAUGCGCGUGUUGCAGUAUAAAUAAGGAUAAGCACUGGUUCAUUUCCGUCUUUUUUGUCGGGUGUAUGGCAUAGUAACAGCAUAAGGUACCUUAAUUAUAAAAGUCAAAGUACCAAGCGAUGCAUGGCUUAAUAAGUAUUACUGGAAUUUGAGUUAAAAUCAUGCGUAAAUUUCAUCUGAAGUACUAAAUUAUUAAAUUCCUUGUUCUUUUGUUGUGGACUAUGAAGCAAAGUCUAGUUGUGUUAAGGCUCUUUCUUCCGAAUCGACUUGCCUUUUGCAGAGGCGGAUUCAGAUUUUCAAGUAUGUGAGGGGCCCGCUCAUCCAUUCUUUAAAAUACGAUGGAGGCCCGGCCUCGAAAAUAGUCUUUUCGGCCUUGAGGGGCUCAGUUUAGCCGUGGGGUCUAGGGGCCCCUACGGGCCCCUACGGGCUUCUCCCCCAGAUCCACUCCGCUUUUGUCAAUCAUUUCUGGAAUUAAUAGCAGGUACGUUGUGGUUAGUUGUUGGUUUGGUUUUAUUAUUUUUUUCCUUUGUGGGAACAAAAGGACACUGAAAACCAUCUCGACAAGCAAACGACAGCAUUAACAUAAACUCUGCGCUAGUAACAUAUUUUUUCUUUGCUCAGUGUCCGUGUGAAGCAUAUCUCGAUAUUUUUAUUUUGCAGGACUUCAAGUAUUGUGUUCACGGCUCGGGUUCUCUAUUAUGGUUCACUGAUUGUGGACCACGGUAAACCUGUUAUCUGGUUUUGGUCAAACACCUGUUGAGCAUCUUGACAAAGAUAUUUUUCUUCUUUGUUUCUGUCUUUUUUAUCUUCUUCUUUUUAUUUCCGGUUCGAAUAGAACUAUUAAGUAAAGGUGGAUCGAAACGAUAGGACACAACAGAAUUGUUGUUCUUUGCGGAUUAUCUUACAAUAAAAUCUGAGAUAAUUGUUAUUUCGGUACAAUUUUACCCAUGUAAAUUAAACCCAAGCCAAGUUAUCUAAUGCAUAUGCAUGCAAAUGCAUAUUAAACGCCGACGCCACUAUUUGUUAACUGAUAUUGUUUUGUUGUCGUUGUUGUCGUCGUCGUUUUUUCUCAUUCAGCGGUAAAACUUUUUUGGCUUCAUUAAAAGAAGUCGCUGUUAACUUAGUGUGUUAACUUAAGUCUGAUUGAUUUCGUGAAAGUAGACCGGCUUUGUCUAACUGAAUGCCUGAAUUUAUGAUGCUUUGACUUUAACUUUAAUCAAGUUCCAGAUUACAAUAUCAGUAAAAUACUAAAUACUAAUAAUCUAGGGUAAGCUUAAAACAGAAUAUAAGAUUCCUUAGAAAAUAAGCCAUCCGAUGUCUUUUGACAAAAAAAACCUCUGAAUUUAAGCAAGACGUUUUGGUUCCACUAGUUUAGAUCAGAACGUAACGGUUUUCCUCUAAGUUACGAGAAAUUAAGUUGAGUCAAAUCUGAACGAUUCACUCGAGUGUACCCUCCCGGAACGCAACGCCAACAAAGGGUUUAGCCAUUAUUAAUUCAUUAGAUUUUAACAAUUCCUGUUUGUAGUUCAGUCUUAACUUUUAUGCGCGUGUUGCAGUAUAAAUAAGGGUAAGCACAGGUGAAUUUCCUUUUUUUGUGUAUGGCAUAGUAACAACAUAAGGUGCCUCAAUUAUAAAAGUCAAAGUACCAAGCGAUGCAUGGUUUAAUAAGUAUUACUGGAAUUUGAGUUAAAAUCAUGCUUAAAUUCCCUCUGAAGUAAUAAAUUAUUAAAUUCCUUGUUCUUUUAAUUUGUUGUGGACUUUGAAGUCCAGUCUAGUUGUGUUAAGGCUCUUUCUUCCGAAUCGACUUGCCUUUUGCAGAGGCGGAUUCAGAUCUUCUAGUAUGUGAGGGGCCCGCUCAUCCAUUCUUUAAAAUACGAUGGAGGCCCAGUCUAGAAAAUAGUUUUUUCGACCUUAAGGGACUCAGUUUAGCCGUGGGGUCUAGAGGCCCCUCCGGGCUUCUCCCCCAGAUCCACCCCACUUCUGUCAAUCAGUUCUGGAAUUAAUAGCAGGUACGUUGUGGUUAAUUGUUGGUUUGGUUUUAUUUUUUUCCCUUCGUGGGAACAAAAGGACACUGAAAACCAUCUCGAUAAGCAAACGACAGCAUUAACAUAAAAUCUGCGCAGAAACUCAUAAGGGGUUGAACAACCCCUUAUGGGUUUCUGCUCUGCGCUAGUAACAUAUUUUUUCUUUGCUCAGUGUCCGUGUGAAGCACAUCUCGAUAUUUUCAUUUUGCAGGACUUAAAGAAUUCCAUGAAGAAUGCUUGUCUGCUCACAAUGAGUACAGAAUCCGACAUGGUGCGGCUCCUCUACACUGGUCAGCGGAGUUGGCUUGGGAAGCGCAGCAAUGGGCUGAAAAUUUAGCGCAAACGGGCGAACUCCGACACAAUGAAGACGACACGGUUGGCGAGAAUUUAGCGGGAAUGGUAGGCGGUGAGUUGUCCGGGCGGGAAGCCGUUGAUAUGUGGUAUGAAGAAAUAGAAAGUUACGACUUUGAGAGUCCUGGAUACAGUGAAGACACUUCAAAUUUCACACAGGUGGGGAUUAUUCAUGAUGUAUUCAUGAGUUUGAUUUAUCUUCGAUACCCAAUAUUCAGCAACACUUACGUGUCGGGGGUAGCGUAGGAGCUGUUCGUAAGGUCUCUCCUAAUUGGUCGCAUGAAACAAUGAAAUGUCAUUCUUCCAAUUGUUUUAGUGUUGUUUGGGGUCAGGGAAACGCACCAUUGGUGCCCCAUGUCAGACCUGAUCGACCGUCUGCGGAUGAACUAUGCAAUGUCGCCAGUGCCUUGCGCAUGCGAACAGUUAUCCAGUCGCAGCCAUGACUAUAUGCAGUUUGGCACACCCCUGGGGAAAUUGAAUGCACUUUUUACGAAUUCAGUGGGCUAUUGAAAGAAAACUAGUACUCAAUGCUGGCUUUACCAAACGUUUGUGUAGUUUGUUCUUAUAACCGAAGAACGCAUUACCCCAAUCCAACUCGAACUUUAAAGCGAAAUUGACUGGAAAUUUUAAGUCAUUUUCUCUUUGCUAGGUUGUUUGGGUCGCUUCAGAGAACCUCGGAGUUGGAAGGGCCAUUGAUGGAGAGCUCUGUGUUGUGGUAGCCUUUUAUGAACCUCCAGGAAACAUGGAAAGAUAUUUCGGUGAUAAUGUCCUUCGCUUGGGAUCAAACGUGAGAGAGAGAAAGAGUAAAGAACCAAAAGGCUUUAUUCCACCUCCCCCUGGUAAGUAAAGCCGGAAUCAGUUUAAAUCAGGAGAGAAUGCGCAGCGUGUUUCUAAACGGCGCUUAAUUACCGUUGUAAAAGUUAAUGACUUGUUCAGUCCUCUUAACAAUAGACAACAAAAGGUAGAAAAAGAGUUCUUCCCUGUUUGUGUUGAGGUUUUUUGUAAGGAAACAAGGUUGAAAUAAAGCAAGUCGCGCAGUGGAGUUAUUUGUUUUUCUCCCUCGGUUGAAGUUCGUCUUCCAUUUUCGUCGAUGUCACGCCUCAAAAUAUGACUAACUUGUUUCCUCCUUUUUUGCUAAAUAGAUCUAGAAGGGUUCCGUUUAGAAUGCCUUGUGACACACAACUAUUUCAGGGCUCGUCACGGCUCUCCACCGCUUGUCCUCAACAGUACCCUAACAGAUGAGGCCCAAUACUGGGCCGAGCGCCUUCUCGUGACGGGUGCCUCGGAGGGCGUGGAUAACUCUCGGAUUGGUAUAAGUGUGGCAGUCCUCGAAAAUAAGCAUAUUAGUGGAAUUAAGGUAAAACUGAAGUCUUAUAUGUGAGUAGCGUAUCUCACGUUCUUUAUGAUAAUUUGCAAUUGUACGCCUAGUCAUAAGCCUGAAAUAAGAACAUCUUAUACUAACAUCUUUUUUAUUCCUGGCCCUUCUCAGCCAUUCUUAGCCUCAGUACAAAACGAUAGAAACAAUUUGUUGCUGAUGCGUUCAUGUAAAAUUUAAAAAUAAAAAGGACUUAUUGAAAGUGAUAUUUCUUAAAUUCAAUCCACAAUUUUAAGCAUUUAGUUUGAUAGUAUCAAAAUAAGUUCUUUUCAUUCAUCACCAGGUGUCCGAGCUGUGGUACAAGCAAAUCUUGAGUUACGACUUCAACAGCCCAGGCUUCAGUACAGAAACUCUUGACUUCAGCCAGCUGGUCUGGCUUAGCACUCGCAAGCUGGGUGUGGGUAAAGCUACUGGAGCAGAGGGCGUGACUGUAGUGGUAGCGAGGUAUGAACCCGUUGGCAACAUAGAUGGUCUGUUCGUGCAGAAUGUCAAACGAAGAGGGCACGAGAGAGGCAGCACUGAGCCUAUGGUAUUCCACGUAGAUUACAAAUAUCGCAUACGAACUGACAGCAAGUCUUCCAACAGCUUUUUGAGCUGGGAACAUGAAGGUAAGUUAUCUUUUUUGCCUGCUCUUUGUUUUCUGUAGUACUUGAAGCGGAUGAAAUGCAGAGAAGACCAAGUUCUCUAAUUACUAGUCCCAAAUGCAUAUUCUCUUAGAAAAGAGAUGUAUCGCGAUCAGCGAGCUAAGACGACCUUUUUCAGUGGGUGCUGUUUGAUAUCUGUUUUGCAACUACAAUCAUGGACAAAAGUCUUGGGACACUUUUGGGUUUCUGGGGCGUUUUCCAAUUCACACAGGACCAACCCCUCCCCUCACCCCACAAACAACGUUGGACGCGUGUAUCCAGAAUUUUUUCCGGGUAGGGAGAACUGCAAGAAAAUUUCGAAAAGGAUGCACUGCUUUAAGAGGGAAGCGAGAAAUGACAGAAAAAAAUGAAUGUUGCAGUACUGUCCCAAGGACUUUUGUCCAGGAUUGUAGCAAGAACUCAUCAGAAAAACUCUUUGGGUUUCUGGUCCUUUCAUAUUUAGUCUAUAGAAUCCAGUUCCAUAAGUCUACUUGUAUUCUGCUCUUGUUCAACUAUUGAGCCCCUUUAUAGUCGAUGAGGACAUCACUCUGGUACUUCGUUAUAUUUUGCUCCUAUUGGUAGAGCACUCGGGCUGGCCCAUCAAAUAUCACAAUCCACACAAUAGACAAACGGCUCCAAGAGAUCUUACCAGUGCUCAAUUCAAUAAAACUUUUACAAGCGUAAUUUACAAGUGUGGCUUUUGGAUUUGGACCCCAAAAACAAUUGCUACACUUGUAAUUUACAUUUUUGAAAGUUUAAUCUGAACUGGCCCCGAGUAUAUACCUUUGUGUGAAAUACAACAAACAACCUACGAAUCUCUGCCUCCCUUAUUUUCCUCAGACGCACCGACGUGGGAAAGAGGCGGUGACUUCACAAAAUCCAGGUAAGAAACACGUGGCGUGAGUAAUUAACACAUCACUCAGAGUACUCACUUAAAGGCAUUACGCAAUUCCUCUAGUUUAUAUCACAUUUACGAUUGAUUUCAGUUUUUAUCAAUACUAUCACCAGAAAAUGUCAGUUCUUUAUUAAGGGUGUAUACAACUGCUGUGAAAAAUUCAAUGUUUAGACACGUAGUAAAUGUGUGCUGGUAUCUAGAAUACUGUUUAAUGCUAGUGUUUUGUUUCUUUUGUAUGACUUCUCUUGUUUGUCAUUUUUGCAGUCCAGCAAUUUCUCCGUAAACCUUAUUUCGAAGUGUAUCUUUAUUCCGGCACCAAAAAUCCCAUGACUUUUUAAACUGAUAAAAGAAUUGUUCUGAUGAUUUUUUGUGAAUCUCUGGACCUUUCCAGCGUUCCCUUAUAGCCUGAACCAUUAAGUCUCUUUGAACAUAUGCUGGGCAAGACAAUGAAUUGUUGUGUGUAUAUGUUCCCCUUUACAAUUUGCGUACCGCAAAAAAAAAAUUUAGAGAAUCAUAAACUACAAAAAAUUGCCGCCAAAUUCCCAGCACCGAUUUGAUGAGCAGCUGUAAUCUUUCAGAAAUUAAACAAAAAGUAGCAUUUCAAUCUUAAGAGCUCCAAAAUGGUUAACAUAUUGAUUUGUAUCGCCACUUUAGUUGCCAAGUACCUCACAGGAAUGGACUUAGCCGCGCAAAGUUUCUGUUAAACCGUUUAUUAGAAGACUUGGACCGGUGUCGUAACAGCUGUUCCCUUUCCCCUCCCCUCAGUACGGCCGCCAGUUUAAGUUGGAGGUAUGAUCGACUCGCUAUCAAAUUUUCGGCGCUUCUGAGUUCGUUGACUUGAGAGCAAAAGUAGAUGCAGAAUUCAGUUGUCCUCCUACCCCUCCCUUGACCCAACGUUAACAUCAACUUCUUACUUAGGACAAAAUGAUGGGUUAGGGGAGGCGUAGGCAGACACCCCCUUAGAAUCGUCACCGACGACUGAUUCGUGUACAUUGGUUGUAUUCUUUAAUCUGGCAUCACUCUUAAAAAGAGUGAAGUUUUGAGUCAGGGAGCGGGGCAUGUUGGGAGGUGUUGAAGAGUCUAAUCUGCUUCGUACUCAAACAGGCAUCGCGCAAAGCCUGCGUGUAGCCUUCCCAUACUCCGUUAGGUGCCCGGGUUCAAGGCGGGAGAGGAGGAGUAAGACUGUUUUGAUUAACAUAACUAUGCGUAAAACAUUCGACUUGAUGUUUUCUACUUUUUGUCAUUUCUUUCAUGUUCAAAAAUGGUGCCGACUGUUUCUCGAGGGCAGGUGGUAUUAUGAUCAGUGUCCAGGGCUUUCUAACUUUAUUCUUUCAUAGACUAUGAAGAUUAGUACUACCUAUCUUUAUCAUUCCAUUCUCUGAUAAAAUUAUCAAUUUCCUUCCCGAGAACUGUUCUAACUUUGACUUUGUAGGAAAUGCAAUAAUAAUUUCAAGAUGAAAAAUGGGGACCCCGAGCUCCUUUUUAAGCUGUUGAAAGGAAAUGAAAUUAAGAGUCGUUGUUUCUUUGGGAAUUGUACUUAAAAUGUUGGGGCAUAUAGGUAUUUAACUGAAUUGCUAGUUUUGCUGUUAAAAGUUCUUAUAUAUGAUAGUAACCUAUCAAAGUGUAAACGUUUAACCAUCAACUUGUAUCGGUAGUUCUGACUGCUAUGUGAAGAACAUUCGUGUUUCGGACUGUACUCAAAAUUAGUAACUGCCAAAUUUAUGGGACCAGUUAUUCGCAAGAAUAAAAAUGCGGUAACAAAUUAGAGUUACGGUUUAUAUAUAUCGUGAACAGAAAUGAAUUUCUUAAAUACAACCAAACUAAUUUUUUCAUGUUGAACCAUUCUGUCGCCGAUAUUUUCCUUAUGGGUUUUAGUCUAUUUUAGACAAACACUCUUGCUCUCUUGUAAACGUACUCUGACAAAGCGUACUUUAAAUUUUAUGAAUUUUUAUAAAACAGCUACGCCGCAUUUGGAAUUCUAACUCUUUUCCAUUCUUUCCUUUCUGAAAAUCACUGAUUUAACUUCUUAAAUCACUCUAAUCCUCUUUUCAAAAACCUCGAUGUAAUCUUGGGAUCAUCAUACGUUUCUGGGAAACUGCCCACCUACCCCUCCCCUAAGCCAACAUUUUGCCCUAAGUGAGAAGUAAGUGUUAAUGUUGGCUGAGGGGAGGGGUAGGUGGGCAGUUUCCCAGAAACGUAUUGGCAAAUUGGUGGCGAAUGAGGCGAUGGGAAGGGAUCGGUUUGGUUCAGAUUGUAACACGCACUGAAGAAAACUCACGUUUCUUAACUUUUUCAAGUUUUUCAAGCUUUUCACAUGAGAUACCGUCUCUUUGCUUUUUGUGGGAACUCAAAUAACAGCUGACAUUUUUCGUUUUAAUUUUGACUUAGAUCGAAAGGGUAUGUUACUGAUGGUUCAUAACCAGUUUACCUGACGUUUUCUGUCAUUGAUAAUAAUUCAAUGUUUUUCACCACAGGACAGCUUUCGUUACGUUUUCACACGGCCGUUCGGUCACUGGUUCUGUAACGGCUUUGUCAUGACUGUCUAAUAUUAGCGCUAAAUUCCACUUUAUGUGACGUAGGCGUGUAAAUACUUUUUGCACUUACGUUUUUCCUCAGUCACUUUGAACUUACUCUCGUUCAAGUGGAUCCAUUCGUUUCCCAACUCAUCGCCCAUAAAAAAAAAAUUAACCUCUAACGAUAAUUAUUGCUCAUAUUGCCCAGAAUUAAAUACUUUUGAACCAUGUUUGACAAACUUGCAUGAUUUAACUUUUGUACGUCACUCAUCAUUUCCUAAACGUAAUUUAUGCUGUUGCACGUUGUAGGACCACCUACCGGUUGACUUUUUAAACGCUAAAAAACAUUUCUUGACAAUACAUUUAGCUAACAACCGGUUUUAAACUUAAAAACCUUAAAGAAAAAUUUUCAAUCAUAUUCUGGUACGCACAUAUUGAUAAAUGUACCAGUUUUUUGCUUCUUAGUUAUUAGCAGGUCAACGAGUCACUUUUCAUAGUUUUAAAGAUUUAUGAGCUUCGAGAAAACUCUCCUGGCAUGGGGAUGUCCUUUUUUCUAAAAGAUCUUCCUAGCCGCGGAUUCGUAUUUCCAAAUUAUUAAAUAGAUGAACGUCCAUUUUGGUUUUCCACUACUUUAUCAUCAAUUUUACUUUCCCUUAAAAACAUGUCUCUGCAUUUAAUCCGUUUUGGGAAAUAAUUUCUCUUCUUCUUCGUUGAUAAGGCCGUAGCAGUCGUCUCGGAAAGAGAUAUAUUUCUUCCAUUAAGUUAAAUUUAAAAAAGUGCUUCGUAGGCUGUGGUCGAGUCUUUUUGCAUAAAUCUGAUCGAGCUGCACGGAUUAAUGGAGAGUGUUUUUCUUGACUCUGAAAGGUGUUAAACGAACUAAAAAGCGUCAAACAACCAGUAACUUAUUUUCACUUUCUUACGCAGUGACUUCGACCACUUAGAUGUAAACAAGAAUAUGGUACAAACGGCUGACAAACAGGAGCCUACCAAUACCCUGGCUGUAACAGACGCCUUCACUCGGUUGGUCUGGAUAGACCCCCACAGUCCUACUCUUCAAAGGAAAGGAGUUGCAGAUGGAGCGAUUCGUGGUGUUGAUGAUGAUGAGGAGGAGGAGGAGGAAGAAGAAGAUGACGACAAAAUAAAAGCGGAUGAAGACGUCGAAGAUGAAAAUGAAAUGGUAGAGGAACAGGAUGAUGAAUACGAAAUGGAGGACGAACAAGACCAGGAAGACGCGAGGACAGCGUUUGAAGAAGAAAAUAGAGUUCAAACUGAAGGUUGGUGUUAUUGUAAGAAUUAUUCAGGUUACAAUAAAAAGACCAUUGUGGCGGUAAACGUGGAAGGUAAACUUCACUCCCUGAACUUAGGUUUGUCUUUGUGACUUACUUUGUUGCAAUUUUUGACGGGUUUGUGGCUUAGGUUGUUUCCACAUGACGCCGAUUAAUACAACUGGGAAUGAUAUAUAAUUUUCCCCCAACCGAUCCUGCACUGUAACUAAACGGCACCAAACCACAAACUCGUUGAAAAAGUCCUCUUUGUUAUUUGUUGGCUUGGACCUAUACAAUUAGCCAUUUAGAAUUCAAUUUAUUAUCGUAUAUGCCAAAGUUAGUAAACACAAUAAAAUAAUCUCGAGGAAUUUAUUUUUUCUUUCACAUACUAAUCUUCCUGCUUGGUGAUAUGUGAAUUUUUUAAUAUGAAAAAACCCUUCUUGCAGUUUCUGUUGCUUUAUGUGGCCCUUGAUAUUUUAUUGCACUCUUUGUGAACUCUUCGACAUGUUAAGGUGUCCUUCGUUUAACUGCGGCAGGAUUAGCUCAGUCACUAGAGCGCUUGACUGCAGAGCGAGAGAUCUCAGGUUCGAUUGCCGGAGCCGGACCAAUACACAGGGUCUUCAAAUAACAAAGAAAUGAAGGUACCCCCUUUGCACGGCAAGUGCUAGACCUUCGCGUGGCUCGGAUGACCACGUAAAAUGGCGAUCCCGUCUCCUUUUGGAAAAGUAAAAAUAGUGUCCCCAGUUAGUACUUUCGUGCUAAAUACAUUGACAGACAAGUAAAGUCCAUUUUUUCGUGUAACUGCUGUCAGUGUUUGAAUAACCUGAUAUUAUAAUUCCUGCAUUCUUUUCAGAGGAACCGUCAGUGUAUCAGGAAGAAGCUGAAUUGGAGGAGGCUGAUCUAUUUUCUGAUCCAGAAGAUGAUCUCUACCAACAUGUUUGCGAAAUACGACGCUCUCUCUCUCUAGACUCAGAGGGAACAGAGCCAGAAGCGCAGAAAGGAAACGUGCUGUCCAAGGUAGCUUUCUUUGAAACUUUCCAGCGAAGUUUUGAAACGCAGUCGCUAUCAAAUUCAGAGUCGUCAUUUAGAAGAAGCCUCAUUCAAGACGAGCUGGAGGAGUUGGCAUCUCGUCCGAGAUUGCAGGCAUCUCACGAAGAACAUGAACAAGCACAGAUGGAGCACGAGGAGGAGCCAGAAUGCCAGUUAGAAUUUGAUGACAUCUUUCCCGCUCACCGCGAAGAAGACGAGAUUGAAAUACAUGUGGACGAGCAUAUGCACGAUGAGGCUGGCGAAGGAGAUGAUGAAAGUCUAGUUAGUGUAUCGGAUACAGAAGACGUGUUAGAUUCUACUGAUUAUGACAUUAGAAACGUAGGCGCACAGGAUUAUGAACUUGAAAACAAGCUUUACUUGACUCAUGAAUUUAUAGAGGAAGAACCGUCGACUUUAGAGAUUUUCGACUUUUCCGACGAGGAAGCCUCACAUCAGUAUGCUGAUCUGACAGAACAACCACUUUCAUCAACAAAAUCUGUUGUGGCAACAACGAAAACCGGUACUGAAUUUCAAAAAAAAGAAUCUUGGAAAUUAAGAAAAGAAGAAACACCAUAUUCGAAGGAAGACACUCCAGAGAACUACAGUAAAGAAUCGUUUCAGACUAGCGAAGCGUCAGUUCAAGCUCCUGAAACCUUUUGUACAAAACCGUUAGAUCCCGACCUUUGCCGUCAGGUAACAAAACAAGAUGAUGCCGGCGAUCGAAUGGAAGAAGUCAUUUCGAGAAUAGGGCUCUUAUCAGUCGAGGAAAACAUAGAGGACAGUAACGACCGACUCGACUUUAACAACACAAUAGAAAGAAAACUUUUAACAGGUAUUGUAACCCGUAGAAAAGACUAUGAGGUUCCAGAUAAACAAACACUAAUUGACGAGACUUGCGAAGCUCUCGUCAAAGACAGCGUAGAAUCUGAAAUAGAUUUUGAUGAAUUGUUUGCAAGGCUGGAAAGAGAUGAGACAGAGAACGAGAGGGAUCGUGCAGUACCCCAAACGGUUAUGGAAAUAGAAACAAGCCAGUCACCUGAUAACCUUUGUGAAGUGAUAACACGAGACCAUGUUGGAGAGCGUUCUAUGGCUAUGGAACGAAUUACCAGUGAUUUGGAAGUUCAGACUUCGGACCAGUCUUCAGUCAGCGACGAGGAAAAAGAAAAAGAGUUAGAACCAGACAUAACCCUUCACUAUGAGAAUCCAACAUUACUGGCUCAAGGUGACAUAGAAGUUGUUGCUGAAAAUAUUGAAGCAGUCGAAAAACACCAUAAACCUGAAAGGACAGUGGACGUGGAGGAGCUCCAAGCUAACAUUGAUAGUCUGUUAAGAAAACACACGAGUGAAAGCGCAAUGGAGGAAGAAUCUUGUGAAGCUGUUGUUCGUGAUCAUAAUGCGGAACGGGCUCGAGGUUUUGAGGAAAUUGGGCUGAUUUCUGUCUUACCUGAUGAUACUUAUUCUGUUGAUGAACCAGCAGAGCCUCUUCGUUAUCACCCGGCACCUAAAUCAACGGUCAGGAAGCUACAUGAGGUAACAGAGAUCAUUGAUGCUGAAGUUCGACAAGAUGUUCGAAGUGAAAUAAACUUUGAGCAACUUUUUCUUUCUAUUGAUGAGAAUAAAGACGAUCGGUUCUAUGAAGAAAUGGAAGAUCAAUGUUUUGACUCAGUGCAGGACAAUAGUGAUACAGCACUACAAGAAGAGUUAUGUGAGGCUGUGUUCCGUGAUUAUGAUCAGGAACAUGCAAAAGAUUUACAUGAAGAAGGGUCAGAAAUUCAAAUGAUUCCUGUUCCUCCUGAGGACAAUGAAACGUUUCAUAAACCUGUAGAGCCUUUACCUUAUGAUCAAGCAUCCGUAACAUCGACAGACGAUCAGUCGUCUGAGGUGACUGAGGUUUUAACUGCCGAGGUUCGAAGACAUCUACGAAGUGAGAUCAAUGUUGAGGAGACGUUUUCUCACCUUAAAGAACAAACCGCUGAAUACGAUGACGAAAUUGCCGAAAAAACCUUACCAACUGUGGCAGAGAGUCCAUCGCGAGCCUCCUUAUACGUCGUGGAGGACACAGUAGUCGAUGAUGUGGAGCAUUGUUCCCCAUCAACGUCGGCGCAUAUUUCACACGAAACCGAAAGCGAUGUACCUACUAAAGAAAUCGUUGAGGUAAAUCAAUUAGCUGAGCCUAAACGGCAAGCUUCGCUAUACAAGGAAGAAGAGACAUUCGUAGUAGAUGUAACGGCUGAAGUUCCUUCCUCCCCUAAGCAUAUUGCUGGGGAGGGUGUUAAUCUUGAAAGGAUGGAGGUGGUUGGCAAAGAAAAAGAAAGGAAAGAAGAAAAAAGGGCUUCCUUGAUCGUAGAUGAUCGUGAACUCGUGACUAAUGUUAGAGAACUGACCGAAGAUGAAAAGCGGGCUUCUUUGUUUAUGGAAGAAGAAACGACCGUCAGUCGGGUAACGACAGGAGCUGCUGCAGCUAUGCAUGUAGCUCAUGAAAGGGUUAUUAAAGAGAGUAUGGAAGAAAUCAUCGAAGGAGAGUCUUACGAGUUGGAGAAAAAGUCCUCAAGGUUAAUGGAGGAAGAUUCAGUUAUCAACGAAGUAAUACAAGACACACCCUCCUCUCCAAAACAUAUCUUAGGGGAAAUUCAAACGGUCGAUUCCUUCGAAGACGUUUACGAAGGAAGCAUUGAGGAAAGACAACGCGCAUCACUAGUUGUGGAGGAAGCUGUCGCCUUUGACGAUCUGGCAGCCGGCACACCAUCUUCCCCAAAGCACAUCGCAGGGGAAAUCACCAACAGGGAAACCUUUGAAGAAACCGAAGAAGCACAAGAGUAUGAGAACAAAAGAGCUUCUAUAUUUGUUGAGGAAAAUAUCAGUCACGGUUAUGUUUCCCUUAAGGACUCAAGUAGAAACCACGUUGCAGCAGAAAUUUUAAACUCUGAACUCCUGGAGGUAGGAGAUGACGAGGACUCACCGGAGUCUGACUAUGGCGAACAUUUUGAGGAGUUUGAGAGAACUUGCGGUACUGGAACAUCUGUGGAGACCCCGAAAGCUAUAUACGUCGCUGGAGAGGUACAAAACAGAUACACCCAUGGUGGGGCUGCUGAAGAUAUUCUACAACUUGACGACAUUGUGAAAUAUGAAGAUUUCCAACACACAGUGACCACGUCCAUCCUCGCACAAAAGCCACAGCCACCGGUUCACAUAGCUGAAGAGCUUACAAAUAUAAUGCCAGAAGAGGAGUUAUCGGAAGAAGGGAAAACGGAGGAAGAAGUGUCUGCGGAAGAGAUUGAGAGGACGCAGUUUCAAACCACAACUAUUCUUUUAAAGUCACCGCAAUCGUUAUUAAGCAUUGCUGCUGCAGUGUUAGAGCAAAAUAUUGAGGCAUCUCAUCAGGAGGAACCAGAAGAAUUCACAAUGAAAACAGAGGUAACCCAACAGUACAGCGAAGAGGAACUUAAUGAAAUUAAAACUGCGGCGUCAGAAGACGUUUCUUCAAAUGCUUCUGUGGCGCAUGAAAUAAAAAGUUCACUGCAGCGAGAGAAAACGGUUAUAACGACGGUGACUUCAGAGCACUCGCCAGUUCUUUACGUAGAGAAUGAAGGUACGGGUGAUAUGGUCAGUGACAACACUAAAGUGCCUGUAAUUCUCAUAGAUCUUGCUGGCAAAAUUUCUGACGAGGAGGACGAUGAUGUUUAUCUCGACGAAGAGCGUCAAGAAACGGAUGCAGAAAACACGAAGGGAUACGAAACGGAAACAAACACUGCACAUCCUACGGAGGAGCAGUGCGUUGAGUCACAUGCGGCUGCUGAGUUUUGCGUAUCUGAGGUUGUUUUGGAGGAUAGCUUAAUAAUAAAGAAAGAAGAAUUUGUGAAGCCCUUUGAAGAAAGCGAGGAAGGCUCUGUUUCAGAACUGUUGUCAGAGAGUUCGUCUUCGCCACUUCAUGUAUCCAGUGAACUAAAAGAUUUUCAAGAUUUCGAAACAAUCAACGAAGAAUAUGGCAGCGAAAGAUACCACGCUAUGAGUUAUGAGGAAGGUGAUUAUGUUUCGGAGAUCACAAUAACUAAAGGUUUACCGCCACUUUUCAUAACCGAAGAACUUUCACAAGAUGCGUAUAAGGAAAAUAUUUUAAAGGAAGAAUCAACAGUCAUAGAAACAGCUCGAGAGUACGGUGAAGUCGAGGACGCUUUACCGACACAAACCAGCGUUGGCACCUCUCAGUCGCCGCUGCAAACAACUACAGACGUAUUAGACUCAAAAUGUACUGAAGUUGUCAAAAAAGAAGAAGACGAACCUGACGGAGGAGAGUUUGCCGACAAAUUUAUAGACACGGGAGGAAUUAAUGAGAAAAUGACAAACAGUCAAUCUGAUUUAAGUACUCUACGUGAACGUGUUGAUGCGACUGGUACAGAAACUGCAGAGGAUGAAACUGAUAAUGCUCAGAAACUCGGUGGACAAGAAGUCGUCUCACUACCUGCCGAACAGGAACAAGUUGUUCAUAGGGAGGAAAUAUUACAAGAGGUCUGGGAGGUAGAGGUUACGAAAGGUAGCCAACACGUCGAAACAUUUCGGGAGAAACACAAGAAGGGGCAAAUGCAAAGGUCAGUAGAGAAAUCUAGUUACUUGGAGUUAGAAAGUAAAGAGAGCCACAGUGUCAGCCAAACUCAACGCGGUGAAAUUGUGCUCGUCGGUGAACAAGGAGAGCAAAUGGAAGUUUCGCAUAAGAUGGAAACGAAGGUCGAAGUUACGUCAACAAGAACUGUACAGUAUUCGUCCUCGACCACUUUAGCCUCUGGGGGAGAAGUCACGACGAAAGAAACUAAACAUCACUCAAAGACCAACGGAGCGCGUAUCUCCCGUGAAGAAGUUAAGAAAAUCGAGGAAGUAUCUUUUACAGAGAAACAAGGAACAAGACAGCAGAGACUGUGGAUAAAGGGAAAGAUGGAAAAUCCCUUGGAAACCAACGGUGAACUAAGCGAAAGUAUUUUAGAAAGGGAGACAAAAGAUCAGGAAUCAGAAAGAUUUGAACGAGAGCUGUCGCAGGAGGAGACAGAAGUCCGCCUUAUGAAAAGUGAGGUCUUGGAAUACAAGUCAGUAGAACUUAAAGCUCAGUUAGGUAAUCCCCGAAUAACUGUGGAACAGGAGACUACUUUAGUAAGGGCCUUUGUCGUUCCGACACCUGCUAGUGAAGGACAUGAGCAGACGUUAAUGCGAGAGGAUAGCAUUACAGCAAUCUUAAAAGAUGACGAAGUCUCCCUUGAAAAGGAGUCAGAAGGUGAAAAGUUUGAGGAGGAAAUUGAUAUAAUGCGAGUGGAUGAAGCAUUAUCAGAACAAGAAUUUCGAGGAGAGGGAGCAGAUAAAGGAGAUCGUCUCAAAUCACGAUCCUCAAAGGGGGUCUCAGUGGAUGCAAUGGGAAAAUUGGAAGAACGCGAGAGUCCAAUCCACAGAAGUGAUCAAAAAAAUGUUCCUUACGAAGGGGAAACUGGGAUUUGCGACGAAGAUCCUUUAUACGAGGAAGAAUGUGAAGUAAGAAGAGUAGACGAAGAGUUGGGUAAAUCUGACGAUGGAGUGGUAGGAAUUCACGCUUGUGAAGAAGUUGAAGUUACAGCCUUAAGGAAAGAAAAGGCUCUGACUACAGAAGCUUCGGAGUCACCUGGGGAGAUGAAACUCAGAGUACAGUCACCUGUGUUCGAAGAGGAGCUGGAAAUAUCGGCGCUUCCUGCGGAGGAUAGGUCAUAUCAAGAAGAUCAACAACAGAGAGAUAAAGAUGUCGAGCAGAGGGAGUUGCUUGAAGAAGAGGUAGAAGUAUCGGCGAUCACAAGUCAGGAAGAGUCACCCGUCUUAGAAGUAGAACUUGAGGUAGAACAUGUCGAAAAACAGAAAACUGAGGAAGACGUACGAAGCAAGGAAGUUGCAUUAUUUGAAGAAGAAUUAGAGUUAUCUACUGUUCCAAAUGAGGAAGAACAAAUUAAAACACAGGACAGUGAUGAAGAAAAAACGAUAGAACGCACAGUGAUACUAGAAGAAGAUCACCCCAUAGGUAUAGAAGAACGCGAUGGAGAGAUAGUUGAAAAUGCAGAACAUGUGGGUGCCGACAGCAUGAGAACAGAAGAUCAAACGGACAAGGAAAGUGCUAACCACUCAAAAAUACCUGAUCUGUCUACACAAAGGGAACCGUUAGACUUGAGCCAAGUUGAUUUGUACGAAGAAGACGAGGGUGGCCUUGAAACACGCUACUACGUGGAACUGUCAUCAAGUGAAAGCUUGGAACCACAUUAUGAAGAGAUGGAAGACCAAACAUGUUACACUAAAAAGUACGUGCGUCAGGGAGAUCCCUUGGAAGAAAAUCUGGAAGAGUUUAUACUAGUGAAGUACGGUGAUGAAUUUGAAUCUUCUGGGGAAGAAGACAUCUCUGACCAUCGAGAGAUUUACGUAAUUCCCGAAGAAGAAAACGACGUUGAAAAUCGUGAUGUAGAAUCCGCUAGAGGUAACAAGGUGAACAUCAAAGAUCCCAAGCCAGAGAGUUUUUUCCGGGAAGGGUCUGAGAACACUGGCUUGGAGGAAAUUCGAGAAUCCCCAGAAUUUGAGAUGGACGAUUCAGAUGAGUUAGACGAAGAAGAACAGCGACAGUUGGAAGAGUACGAGAGGCUGGAGUCAUUUGUCAUUUUAGAAGAGAAGUUGAGCCAGGUAGAAUCUGAUGAUGACGAAAUUGCUGAUUUGGAAGAGGAAGUAGGAGACGAAAAUGUUUUUCAUUCAGAUGUGCAUUCUAGCAGCGAAGAAACGUUACAUGAAGAUGAACUAGCUCAGACAAUGAUAGCGUCUUCAAUUCAACAGGCAUCUGCUUUCACCGAACCUGAGUAUAAACAACAAGAAACAUCACAUGAUGACGGCUUUACCGAAACGCAAGAACAGAUUAGUACAGAAAAGGAAGAGCAAUCCGUAGAACGUUUUCCCUCAAGAAAAGAUCCUAGGACAGGUGAACAAUUUAAAGCUGCGGAUGACACAUCGGUUGAGGUUGCCCACAGUAAAUCUCCCACAAACGAGGAAGCAAGGGGCGAAAGUUUAUCUGAAGACCAACAAGACCAAAAAGGACAUUCCGAAUUGAGUAGGGCAAAAGAGGAGAAAACGGAACAACAACUAAGUAGUGACUCGUCUGGUGAGCAAAGUGUAUCGAGUGAAGGAUCCUUAUCCGCUACACCUUCAGUUGACCUGGAAGGUGAGCUUGCUUAAAUAAGUUUCUUGUUAACUUACGAUAGUCGUAUUGUCUAAACGUUUUGCCCUCUAUUCUCCAUUUCUUCAGGUUUAGACAACUUCGAACAAGACUGCCUCUUACAACACAACAUGUACCGUCGACAACACCGAGUGAAACCGCUCAAGUGGUCAGAAGAACUGGCCGAGGGGGCCAAAAGGUGGUCAGAGCAUUUGGCUUCCCUUAAUGCCUUGGAGAGCUUCGAGGGGAAAGACGUAGGAGAAAAUCUGAUGAGCGCUGAGGGCAAGGAGCUCAGUGCUUUAGAAGCUGUAGAUAUGUGGUAUAAAGAAGUAGAAGACUAUAAUUUUGAAGACCCUGCUUUUAAUGCCAAAUGUGGACGCUUUACGCAGGUCGUUUGGGCGUCUUCUCGAGAGUUUGGCGCGGCAAGGUGUCUUGCCAGUGAUGGAACGCAGUAUAUUGUUGCGCGUUAUAAACCUGCAGGAAAUAUCCUGGGGGAGUUUAAGGAAAACGUUAAACUACCAAGAGAUCCCUCAAGUCGAUUGAAAAGACGAAGAUCGAGUGCCAGGAGACGGUCAAGGUCGGGAAUGCCUUCCACACCAGCAGAAAAAGGUACGUUUAACGUGGAGUAAGGCAAGGUCAAAACAUUGACGAUUGAUAACGUCAAGUCGAUAUUGCGCAAGCCGAUACCGUCAAAUCCCGACAGGAAUUCCAGGGGUUUAUACGUUUUCAAGGUCUGUAGGGGCUUAAAAAAUAUAAGGGAAAUUAGCCUUCCAAAGUCGACUAGGCUUAUAAUUAGGGGGAAGUUUGUGACAGGAAAUUGCCCAUUCCGUUACUAUUUGCAAUAUUUUUCCUUUUCAGGCGUGUUGAAUACUUUGUACUCCUUUAAAAUGAACGGCUGAAAGAGUACCGUAAAAUUCCGAAACUGACCUCUCCGAAUACAAGCCCCAAAUUUGAAAAGCACCAAAAAUUCCUGUAAUGAAGCUUUGCUUAGUUUAGCCCUCUGGGAUUUGAUAAUUAAUCCCGAUACAUUUCGGAACUGAUACUCUUUCCCAGGUCUUAACGAUGUGUUAUGUGAAGUACCACUUCAUCGCUUUUACUGUAUUAUAAGACUAUUACGAAUUAAGUACUUGUUUCGAGAACGGAUUAUAUUUAGUGCGAAACUUAUUUUGCUUGCUUGUGCAUCUCUAAUCAUUCGAUGAAUUUUCAAUUGAUCUUUUAAUCUCUUUGAUACACAGAAAAGUUCAAAACAGAGUGCGUCAUUUCGCACAAUUACUACCGUACAUUUCACAACGCACCGGCUCUUCACUGGUCCCCUCUCCUGGCUGCAGAGGCACAGAAUUAUGCCGAACGCCUGGCUAAAACGGAUUCCUUGACCCACAGCGGACAAAAAGACCGUGGGGAGAACCUGGCUUACACGUGGGAUAGUCCUCUCUCCGCACGGGCGGCAAUUGACAUGUGGUACGAUGAAGUGCAAGACUAUGACUUUGACAGCCCUGGCUUCAGUUCUGACACAGGGAAUUUUACACAGUUAGUCUGGGUGGGAACGGAGGAGUUCGGGAUGGGAAUGGCUGUAGCCCCUGACGGAAGAAAUAUAGUGGUCGGAAAGUACUUCCCGCCCGGCAACAUUGUUGGACAGUUCAAAGAAAAUGUUAGAUCAAGAGAAAUAGAGGGCAUUCCAUGA